AACCGGAAGCCACAUGUUCAGCCAGCAGAUCGCACCGAAGCAGCGAGAAAGCACUCGGCGUUGGCACAGCAAAGCUCCGCGUAACACUGCUUCGACUCAACAGUUCUUGUUUCGUUGCGCCCCGGGACAUUUGUCAGAAUGUCGUCGUUCAGGAAAGCGUUGAAAUCCAAACAGAGAAACCACCAUGAAAGAUCUCAGCCUCAAUUCAGGAAACAUUUGGGAUUGCUGGAGAAGAAGAAAGACUACAAACUCCGUGCAGAUGAUUACCACAAGAAAAAGAACACCCUUGCUGCUCUGCAGAAGAAAGCUAUGGAAAAGAACCCAGAUGAGUUUUACUACAACAUGAUCAACUCUAAGCUGGAGGAUGGAGUUCACAAAAUGAAAACAACGAACGAGGUAGUUGAGAUGACAGAGGAGCAGAAGAAAGUGAUGAGGACGCAAGAUAUUAAAUAUGUGGAGAUGAAGAGAGUUGCAGAGGCUAUGAAAAUUCAGAGGAUGAAAGGUGUGCUGCAUCUUCUGGAUGCAGACAGCAAACAAAAAACCAAGCAUACGUUUUUUGUGGAUUCUAAGGCGGAAGUGCAGUCGUUUGACCUGGCGACCCACCUGAACACGGCUCCAGAGCUGGUGGACAGAAGGUUCAACAGACCUACUCUGAAAACUCUGGAGACCAAGAGCAUCCAGGGAGCUGUACAGCCUCAACAUGUGAAGAAGUUGACCAAGCAGAGAAAUCACCAGUAUAGGAUCCUUUCCCAGCGGAUUGACAGAGAAAAGAAGAUGUUUGUAAUCAGCCAGAAGAUUCAGACCCGAAAGGACUUGCAGGACAAGAGAAAUAAAGUGAAGGUAAAAAAGGAGACGCCAAAUUCUGCAGCUAUCUACAAGUUUGAGGUCAAGAGGAAGCGCUGAGAGGAGAGUCACUGUGAGCACAAGAAAUCACCAUCUUUCCCAAUGACACAAUGGACUUUUAGAUCACAACACAACCGGCGUACGUGGGAUAUUUUUCCUUCCCUCAAAUGUUUGUUUGCGAUGCAGUUUUGUACAUUGUUCUAGACAACUUUGAAUAAAUAUCAGAACAAAAUAUCCAUGUGACUGGUUGACUUCCACCAGGAUUGUGGCAGUAGAUCGUAUUCUGUUCCGUACCAGUAGGUGGCAUUAGUAUUCUUCAUCAGAAUAUUUGGAGGGUGAGAAAAAGAAUAAAAAAUUGAGAUUGAAAUCA